CUUUUAUCGAGAAACAACGUCAACGCUCCGUCUUCUUCUCUAGACCUGGAUCUUGGAGAUUUACUGACAACUUGAAGCUUUCCCUCAGGCCAUAGAAAGCAUGGCGACCUCACAGAAUCCGGAAGGCUCCGCGCCUACAUCUUCCGACUCUCCCGUCUCUAUCGUCUGUGUAGGCAUGGCUGGCUCUGGGAAAACUACAUUCAUGCAACGCCUGGUAUCGCACCUGUAUACACAUCCAGAUCCAACUGUCGCUACACCAGCUGUCUCGCAAGCUUCUACAACACCUCCCUAUAUCCUGAACCUCGAUCCUGCGGUCCGCCAUGUGCCAUUCACUCCCAACAUCGACAUCCGCGACUCCGUCAACUACAAAGAGGUCAUGAAACAAUUCAACCUUGGUCCAAACGGUGGAAUCCUUACGAGUCUGAACCUAUUCAGCACAAAGAUUGAUCAGGUUAUUGGUCUAUUGGAGAAACGAACGGCACCACCUACCCCGGCCCCAGUGCCCGAGCAGAGCACGGUGGAGUUUAUGACAGGCCAGGGCAAGGCGCCAGCACCCGCAACGCAACAGCAGCAGGUGAAGCACAUUCUGGUAGAUACACCCGGCCAGAUAGAGGUGUUCGUAUGGUCAGCAAGUGGCGAGAUCCUACUCUCAAGUUUGGCAAGCACAUUCCCAACUGUCAUUGCAUACAUCAUCGACACACCACGAACAACGAGCACCUCAACGUUCAUGUCGAACAUGCUCUACGCAUGUUCGAUCCUUUACAAGACGAAGCUUCCCAUGAUUUUGGUGUUCAACAAGACGGACGCACAAAGCGCAGAUUUUGCAAAGGAGUGGAUGACCGACUUUGAAUCCUUCCAAGAAGCACUGCGAAAGGAAGAGGAGGGAGGAGCGUUUGGUGGCGAAGGCAUGGGUGGAGGUAGCGGGUACAUGGGCAGUCUCCUCAACAGCAUGUCGCUAGUCCUCGAGGAAUUCUACAACCAUCUUAGUGUAGUGGGAGUCAGCGCCAUGACCGGAGACGGCAUGGACGAAUUCUUCAAGGGUGUCCAAACGAAGAAGGAGGAGUUUGAGCGCGACUACAAGCCUGAGUUAGAGCGACGAAGAGCGGAACGCGAAAAGGAAAAGGUGGCCACACGUCAACGGGAGUUGGAUAGGUUGAUGAAGGAUAUGAAGGUCGGCGGUCCCGGCGGCUCACAGAAGCGCCCUCCGAAAGAGCAACCCGAGACAGUCAGCGAUGCAGAAGAUAUGGAAGAAGGAGAUGGCGUUCCAAUGGUGGGCGAUGACUCCGAUGAGGAGGUUGAAGAUGCGGAUGACAGCCUCGAGUCUCGUUACCAGAACGCCCUCAACGAGAGUCGGGGAGGCGAGCAAGGUCCUUCAGGUGACGACUUCAGCUUUGCAAGGUACAUGCACAAGUCCAACAUCGGAUGAGUACUACCAAAAUGCGCAAUGUCAUCUGCUGGUUAUCACCAGUUUGGGUCCAAACAAGCAGCAAGGACUCGUUCCUUCCCUGGCAGAGUUUCUAGUGCAGACACCACGCCCAUUGACAAGGGGCAUCCCUACUGUUUCUGCUCGAAUCUUCAAGGGGACUGAAAAGGAACACAAAGACCGUGUUCGCGGUGGCGCUGAGUCGGCUGCCCAUGCCUACAUGCGCAGAUGCCGAGAAUCAAGGACAUUUUCAGGCGACGCGCAACAGGGACUGUCAGUAAGGGAAUCCUCGCUAAAGAUUAGAAACCACUGCGCAUGCUGUGAUCUACCUAUGUGUUACAUGUGAUCUUU